CAUACACCAGAAAAUUAUCCAGAGGCAGGUUUGAGCGAUCACAACUUCUGCCGUAAUCCAGGUCAACAACAACCAACCGCUUGGUGUUACACGGUUAAUCCAGAAACGAUACUUGAAAUGUGCAAUGUUACUCAUCCGGGAGAAAACUGUGGAGCUUAUGAAAAGACAAAUGAUGCCGAUUAUCGAGGCUCAGUUAAUAUCACAAUUACGGGCAAGAGCUGUCAGAAAUGGACGUCACAGACACCCCAUCAGCACGCUAUUACUCCAGCAAAUUUUCCUGACACAGGUUUGGGUGAUCACAACUUUUGCCGUAACCCAGAUCAAGAACUAACCGUAUGGUGUUAUACGACAGAUCCAGAAUCGAGAUUUGAGUUGUGCGAUAUUGAUCGUCCGGAAGACAACGACUUCGAAACACCACCAACAACAGGAGAGAUUCCAACUAAUUUCACUAGGUAUGGCAAUGUAAGCACAGCAUUGCCAGUGACUCCCAUUGAAUUUGUAAUGAAAACUGAUACUCAAAGACUUUCCAAUCAACAAACCUUGAUACCGAACAUGGAAACUGCCAAAUCAUUGCAGCAGAAAUUGGUGUUCUGUGUGUUCUAUUAG